CUGCUUCCCCGCUCGAGCGUGUCGACGUUCACGCGUGGCGACCUCGCCCCUCGAAACAUCAUUGUGGACAAAAACUGCCGCAUCACGGCAGUGCUUGACUGUGAGUCUUCCAGUUGGUUCCCUGAUUAUUGGGAGUAUGUGCAAAUGAUGAAGUGGUGCGGCUCAUCGGAGCGUGGCUGGCAAAGGUGGAUGACAAAGGCGAGGUUGAAGCCGUGGGACAUCACAGAGAUUCAGAAGGCGAGGCGGGUUAUAUUUUGA